AUGACCGCCUGGGUUACCCACAUCCUCGCCGUCCCCGCCAAUCUCCCUACAACAUCGUGGCAGCCGUCGAGACCACCAGACCCAGCACCACUAAACCAGCCCAACCGCUCGACCUCCUCAACAUCGUCGCGCCUGAACGCUCAUCACACUUCAAGCCAACGAAAACCUGGGUUGGCUGCUCACUCUUCCGCGAGGCCCAACCCAUCGACUCUAAACCCCAUCUCCUCCCCAUCGGCCACGACGUUGUCAGACACGCCCGACGCCCGCGCCGGCCCCGUUCCCAUCGGCCACGGCCACCGCGCGCAGCACGACAAGUCGCAGGAGGAGCAGUCGCGAAUUGAGCGCAGCACGCCGUCUUCACCGCCGCCGCAGUACCCGCAGGAGUCAGAAGGAGCCUCAUCCUCGGUCCGACCCUGUUCUCGCAGCCCACCACCAUUUUCGGUGCACGACAAUUACUUCUCGUCCACCGCCGCCGACCCUGGCACCGCUGACGAGGUAGCAGUCCCCGACGCAGCGAGCUCGGCUUCAGUACCAGCCUACGCAUCGCUAGCCCCUGAGUUUGGACCUCGGACACGAGUCGACGACGCGGUUGCAGAGACAAAGGCAGCGUUACCGCAGGAUAAUAAGGGCGAAUCUUCGUGUAAGAAGGACGACGAAGAGCCUCCGCCUGCAUACACGGAAGGGUCGAGCCCGUUACUCUCGUUCAGCUAUCUGAUGGCGGCCGCGGGAGCAGUUGCGAGUAUUCUUACUCAGGUGCAGCAGGGUGGUCCGCCGUCGGUAAAUACGCUUGGAGAUGCUGGUGCUGAUGAGGAUAUCAUUAUGGACCUGAGGGGCACGCGCUUCACUCUAUCAAGAGACGAACUCUUAACACUCCCCGAAUUCGUACUCCUAUCCCUCUUCCCCAACGGGCUUUUACCAGAUGGCCACGUAAACGCCUACCAGGAAGGCGACGCCUUCCAAGUCGACUACGACCCAGCCUCCCUCCAAUACAUGCUCGAAUUCUUCCGCAACGUCGCGCAAACCAUCCCCGACGCCCCCUCCACCCUCGACGACGAAAACACCAGCAACCUCGACAACCCCGCCGGAUCCGCACGCGACAUGCUCCGCGACCGCGCGGGCAUCAUCGUCCUCCGCGAAGAUCUGGACUUCUACGCCAUCCCGCCGCGCGCGGACAUCGAGCAGAGCGAGAUGGUGGAGGUGAAGCGGGCGGCGGGGAAGGCGCUGUUGGGGCAGGAUGGGGUUUUUUCGGGGCUGAGGAGGAGUGAGGAGACGGGGACGACGGAGCAGCAUUUGAUUGAGAUGUUGACUGCUGGCGGCUUCAACCACACAGACGGCUGGGGCCACCGGGCCGGCGAACCGAACAAAGCCGUAAUCUGCAGCCUGGCCCUCGCACGCCUGCGCACUGACGUCCGUUCCGGCGCCGAGGGCGGCGCUGCUGUAGGCAUGGCGCAGAAACUGCUGUUGUUCUGGCGUAAACCGGCGAGGAGGUGCUGGUGGGAGGGGGUGGAGCUGGAGGGGGUGGAGGGGGUGGAGGGGAAGCUGAAGGUCUGGAUUAGGAGGGUGUGGACGCUGGAGAUGAGUGUUAUUGGGUUGAGAUAG